AUGGAUAUCGCGGCGUUGUCGAACAUGUAUAAAGGUGGCUUCUCCUUACUCCUCAUCCAACCACGUCCAGCUCAUCUAUCACUCUCGCCGAGGCAACUUUUCGCAAUGUCGACCCAGUAUACACUCUCAGACAUGCCUCAUCUCGCAUCUACGUCCUCCGUAACGCCACACAUGGACGGGUUUCUUCAUUGGACGUACGACGGCAAACGUUUCUUAUUUUUUCUCUCUCCAGAUUGUGUCUACGAAAUUCCGUGUGAAACUUCCUGUGGCGUCCCCUGCGACUCCUUGGACGUCGCCUGCGGCCCCUCUUAUGACACUGCUAGUAACAUCUCCAACACUCCCUUUAACGCCUCCUCCGAUACCUCCUUCGACACUUCAUCUGACGCUUCCUCCGAUACCGACUCCGACUCCAACUCGUCCCUCAACAAUGAUUCCGAGAUGGUCGAGCCUGAGACGGUCGUCCACGCAUCCUGCCCGAUUGUCUCAGUACGACCACGGGUCCCAAUCAAAGGAUUUGCAGUUCGAACGCGUCCCGGAAGCUUUGUAGCUCAAGCUGGUGUUAGUCCAGCAAAGUUCGCAGCUCAGCCCCAAAUUCCCCUGGGAUCGUUUGCAUGCCCACCUGGCGGCCUUGCAGCUCAGUCUUCUUACCCGGUCAGCUCCAGUGUUUCUCUCGGAUAUAGUGAUGCGGGUGUUGGCAUUCAGACAGACUUUUCCAGGUUUGCAGGCAGCUCUGGUGUUUCUCUCGGAUGCUCCGCUGUUGAUGCCAGCAUUUACUCCUCGCAGCCCGUGGCGCAACCCACAGCCUUCGAUAUGCUACAAUCUGAACAAAUGGUACAAGAUGUAUUCCAGCAGUUCCAAGAGGAGCUGUCAAAUACUAUGCAGCAAAUGCCAGUGGAUAUGCUACAGAGCAUACAGCCUCAAGCACCCGUCGAUCUAAAUAGUAUGCAACAAGUCCAAACAGAAACAUCAACUGGGAUUGGUUCAUGCUACCAAGACACCUCGGUCGAUGUGUGCCUCCUAGCCGCAUGUAUCCUGGAGGAACUUCGGAGUACCACCCCAGGCACCGCUCUCUUUCAUAAUCUCCUGAGCUCGUUCCCUCCCGAUCUGCAGCUGGCGCUGUCUAACAGCACCUUGGACCCAUCGGUGUUCGAACAGCUUGUGCAGUUCCUCGAGCGCAAGAGCACAGACUUCACUGUCCCGCAAGCGUCCUUCAUAAGCGGUCCCAUGUUCCACUGCGUGCGGUGUCACCAGAACUACCAGAUGUCGGAGAACCGGCCCACCGAGUGCAGGCUCUAUGUCCACCAGGGUCUGACUGCAGUGCCAAUCUGGGGCAGCUGGAUGCUCUGUCGCUCAGAUGGGCUGUUACUGGAUCCUGCUACUGAUUCCGUGGAGCUGAGAUUCAAGGGCUGGCACACGCCGUAUGUGCAGCACCUGCCGCCCGCGUGUGGCGCUAUGUCUUGUGCCCGUCUGCAGUGCCCGUCUGCGUUCGGUGUCAACACUGGGGGCUUGGUGUAG